AUGAGCAGCUCUCCGACCGUCUCACCCUUUACCACGGCGGUGGUGUCGUCCAUGCGUCGAUUGUACCCCGAAGCCCUAGCCGACAAAUCCUUCGACAACACGGGACUCCUCGUCGAAGCGCCAUUGAUCCCGUCGCGACCACGAAACCGCAACUCGGUACUAUUGACGGUCGAUUUGACCCGUGCAGUCGCCGACGAGGCCAUUGAGAACAACCACUCCGUCGUGGUAGCAUACCAUCCCAUCAUUUUUCGAGGACUGAAGUCCAUCACGACAAAUGACAUGCAGCAGCUGUCCAUGACUUUGCUUCUUGCGCACGGGAUCAGCGUCUACUGUCCCCACACGGCGGUCGACACUGUCCCCGACGGCAUGGCGGACUGGCUAUGUGACAUUGUCACGGGGAAGCUUGACGAGCCAGAACCAGAAACAUAUACCAUGCACACAGCACAACCAGACCAAGAUCUAUCUUCGGCGUCAGAGACUGAAGUGACUACCUCUGAGGAGAGUGGUGUCGACGAUGGUGAUGACAACCACACAGACUCGGCGAGUGGUUCAACGAAGCCCACAUCACCAUCUGCUGCGGAGCAAGAUCAAGACCAAGACUCCCUUUCCGACCCCUUCGUAUCCCCAACUACGCCCAAACCGAAACUCCGGCGUCCUACACAUACGCAUCGAACCUACUCAAAACCCACAUACCCUCGACCAACAACAAACUUCCAUCCAGGGGUAAUUGCCCAUUCUCGAAGCGUCAUUACUCCUUCGCCGAGCGCGUCUCUGGACGCCGCCAACCAGUUCGUCGCGUCGGAUUCUUCUUCAUACACGGCGUCCAACACGGGUGCCGGCCGCCUGAUUGAAUUCCAAGAACCGCAACCGCUCACACUACUCAUCACCCGCAUCGCCCAUGCCAUUGGUCUUCCCAAGGGGUUUGCCGUGGCCAUCCCGCAGGGGCGCCGGAUCGAAGACAUGCAGAUCACUACAGUCGCCACAUGUCCCGGAAGCGGAGGCGGCGUUGUGCGAGGCUGUAUUGCCGAUUUGGUUUUUACCGGCGAACUGAGCCACCACGAGGCUUUGGGUGUGACUGAACGAGGGGGCAGUGUCAUUACUCUGUUUCACUCAAAUUCCGAGCGAGGAUAUCUGUGGAGCGUGAUGCGGGAUAAGCUUGAGGCAGAACUCACCAAAGAGUGGGAGCGGGUCAGGAGCGAGGCGGGAUCAAUGGCUCGGUCCCCACAGCAGCUCAGGGACAUGUUUGAGGAUGAUUCGGUCGAAGUCGUCGUGAGCCAGAGAGAUCGUGAUCCUUAUGGCAUUGUCGUGCUCGAAGAGACUGCUGUCGAAGGUGUGAGGUUGGGAAGCAGCUGA